ACUUGUAUUCCACUAUACAGACUUCUCUUCUUUUUUUUUUUUCAAUCAAAACUAGUUAGUCCUAAAGAUGGCUGAUGCCUUUGUGUCAUUUGCACUUAAAAAAUUGGGUGAUUUUCUCAUACAACAAGUUUCGCUGCGUAAAAAUCUGAGAAAGGAAAUUGAGUGGUUGAGAAAUGAGCUACUCUUCAUACAGUCUUUCCUCAAAGAUGCAGAACUAAAGCAAUGUGGUGAUCAUAGAGUUCAACAAUGGGUGUUUGAGAUCAACGGCAUCGCUAAUGAUGUUGUUGCUAUACUCGAGACUUACGCCUUUGAGGCUGAUAAAGGUGAUGAUGAUGGAUUUCAUAGUCGUCUCAAGGCUUGCGCUUGCAUCUGUAGGAAGGAGAAGAAAUUCUACAACGUGGCAGAGGAGAUUCAAUCACUCAAGCAGCGAAUCAUAGAUAUCUCUCGCAAGCGAGAUACUUAUGGUAUUACAAAUAUCAAUUCAGGAGAUGAAGGGCCAAGUGAUCAGGUUACAACAUUGAGGAGAACUACCUCAUAUGUAGAUGACCACGAUUACAUUUUUGUUGGACUUCAGGAUGUUGUACAAACAUUGCUAGCUCAACUUCUCAAACCAGAGCCUAGUCGAACCGUCCUCUCCAUUUACGGAAUGGGGGGUUUAGGCAAGACCACUCUUGCCAGAAAACUUUACAACUGUCCUAAUAUAGCCUCUAGCUUCCCUACACGCGCUUGGAUAUGUGUUUCUCAAGAGUACAACACAAUGGAUCUUCUUAAGACUAUCAUAAAAUCCAUUCAAGGUCGCACCAUGGGAACUCUAGAUUUGUUGGAAAGGAUGACAGAAGGAGAUCUAGAAAUUUAUCUUCGUGAUCUAUUAAAAGAACGCAAAUUCCUUGUGGUGGUUGAUGAUGUAUGGCAGAAAGAAGCAUGGGAGAGUUUGAAAAGAGCAUUCCCAAAUAGCAAGAAUGGCAGCAGAGUCAUUAUUACAACACGCAAAGAGGAUGUCGCUGAAAGAGCAGAUGAAAGAGGUUUUGUUCAUAAACUUCGUUUCCUAAGUCAACAAGAAAGUUGGGAUCUCUUUUGUAGGAAACUGCUUGAUGUUCGAGCAAUGAUUCCAGAAAUGGAAAGUCUAGCUACGGAUAUGGUGGAAAAGUGUAGAGGCUUACCUCUUGCAGUUGUUGUAUUGAGCGGACUACUUUCGCAUAAAAAGGGGCUAAACGAAUGGCAAAAGGUGAAAGAUCACCUCUGGAAGAACAUUAAAGAAGAUAAAUCCAUUGAAAUCUCCUGCAUAUUAUCAUUAAGCUUCAAUGAUUUGUCAACUGCGCUCAAGCAGUGUUUUCUCUACUUUGGUAUUUUUCCAGAAGAUCAAGUGGUAACUGCAGAUGACAUGAUAUGGUUGUGGAUGGCUGAGGGUUUCAUACCCAGACGAGAAGGAAGAAUGGAGGAUGUUGCUGAAGGCUUCUUGAAUGAGUUGAUAAGACGAAGCUUGGUUCAAGUGGCUAAUACAUUUUGGGAAAGAGUUACUUCAUGUAGAGUUCAUGAUUUACUCCAUGAUCUUGCGAUACAAAAGGCAUUGGAGGUAAACUUCUUUGACAUUUAUGAUCCAAAAGGCCACUCCAUUUCCUCUUCAUGUGUCAGACAUGCCAUUCAUAGUCGAGGAGAAAGGUACCUCUCACUUAAUCUUUCUAACUUGAAGUUGAGGUCAAUUAUGUUCUUCGAUCCAGAUUUUUGUAAUUUGUCCCGACAUAUAGUUGGGUUCCGACAUAUAUAUGUGUUGUACUUGGAUAUUAUAGAAGGUGGUGUUAUACCUGAUGCCAUAGGGAGUUUGUACCACCUCAAGUUCUUAAGGUUGAAAGGUAUCCGUCGUCUUCCAUCAUCCAUUGGCAACCUCAAGAAUUUACAAACACUUCGUGUCCUAAAGACACAAGGCUUAUGCCAGUUACCCAGCGAAACAACUGAGCUAAUAGAUCUAAGACAUUUAGUUGUGCGGUAUCCAGAACCUUUGGUAGGUAUAUGCAAACUCACCAGUCUUCAAGUUGUUGAUGGCAUCUGUUGUGAUCAGUGGAAAGAUGUUGACCCUGUUGAUUUAGUCAAUCUUCGAGAAUUAAGCAUGUUUGAAAUUAAUAAUUCUUACUCCCUACACAACAUUAGCAGCUUGAAAAACCUUAGCACUCUCACAUUGUGCUGUGGAACUUACGAAUCUCCAUUCCCAUCCCUUGAAUUUGUUAAUUGUUGUGAAAAGCUCCAAAAAUUGUUUUUAAGAGGGAAAAUAGAGAAACUGCCUCCGUUUCCAAAUUCCAUCACAAUGGUAGCUCUUUAUUUCUCAAGACUGAAAGAAGAUCCGAUGCCUAUCUUGGGAAUGUUGCCAAACCUAAGGAAUCUCAUAUUAGAAGAAGAAGCUUACGAAGGAAAAGAAAUAAUGUGCAGUGAUAACAGCUUCAGUCAACUACAAUUUCUUCAUCUUUAUAUGCUUUAUCACCUAGAAACAUGGCAUUUAGGCACAAAUGCUAUGCCUCUCAUUAAAGAUCUUGUUCUCGAUCGUUGUCCAAAGCUGAAGGAGAUUCCUGAGAGAAUGAAAGACGUAAAGCGUAUUUGAUAAUAGCAAAGAGAAGAGCUGCACAUUCACCUUCAUCAACUUGGCUUCUCCAACCAUCAAUCAACUAAUUGGCUGUUUUGGUUUUUCAAUGUGUAAUUUCUUUCUGUUUUUUGGCUUUUCUUAAUGUGUUGGAAGACAAUUUUUUUUUUUUGGAUUUUGUGAUGAUUUAAUUAACGGAUUUAGGGUUUAUUAUGUUCUUAUAAAUUAUGUAAAAUAAACAAAAAUAUCCUUAACUGAUAGUUUGAUUCAAAAAUAUCACUGUCUUCAAUAAUUUGAUCUAAAAAAUUGUUACUUAAUAAGUCAAAAUUGU